CUACAGAGACGCUUUAAUAACAAAAACACUGCACCAGGAAUAUGUGACUUCUGUCAGUGUGAACAGUGUAAACACGACGUCACUGUUUACUGUGUUACAGGAAGUGAGAGAGGCAAAACACAAACAAACCGGAAGUGCAUGAGCGGAUGAUGACGUUUCACCUGAGGGCGACUGGAACAGCUGACGAGGAGGAUUUACAUUUAUAUUUAUUUAAUCAGACUGAAUGAAAAGGACGAGAUUUUACACGGAUUGACGUUCUGUAGGUAAAAGCGUAACGCAGGAAUCUUCGCUCACUCGGACGAACGGGUGUCGUGUUCCGUCCCCGAGCUCCUCUGUGCUUUUACAGUAAACCAUGUGAGUGGGUUGUGACUCAGAUGCUGGAGCUGUAGAUGAUUCUGUGGAUCAGGUGUCGGGUCUCACAGUGUGACUGGACGCAGGACGGGGACAUGUGGAGGUGACGCUAAUUAUUUCUCCUGUUACGUGUAGUUUAGUGAGUGGAGCCUCAGUCAGGACAGUCCACACUGCCACACGGGUCACACGGCCACUUUCUGUUACUGCCUCCAUCUUUAUAACCGCCCUAUUAGCCGUCAGACCAUGGCAGAGCCCACGCCAGGCCUCGACAGAGACGUGCGUGAAGAGGAACAGGCGAGCGACAACAACAAAGCUAGUAGUCGAGUAAACGACAAAGAAAAGGCGUCCACCGAGACGCCUCCGUCUCAGACGAGCACGACUUGCUCGGACAGUGAGGACACCGGCGCGGCCACAAGCAGCAGGAGCCUUUCAGAGAGGGAGGAUUCGGAGAUCACAUCAUCUGUGAGCAGCAUUGUAGAUGAAACGCCGUCUCUGUCCACCCUAAACGGCGGCGUGUCCACGGCCUCAGAUGAACCGCAGACAUCUGUGAGGUCGGUGUUGGAGGUGGAGGCGGAUGGAGCGACAUCCUGGAGCGACGAUGUGAUGAGCGUAGAGGCGGCGCAGGCUGCGGUGUCGACGCCCCCUUCUGUACUGCCUUCAGUGCCCUCAUCUGCCCCUCCCUCUGUACAGGAGCACUACUACGUCAAGUGGAUCACGUGGAAAGGGGAAAAGACCCCCAUCAUCACACAGAGUGAAAACGGACCCUGCCCCCUGCUGGCCAUCAUGAACAUCCUCUUCCUCAGGUGGAAGGCGAAGUUACCCCCCCAGACUGAGGUCAUCACCAUCGACGAGCUCAUGGCUCACCUCGGUGAGUGUGUGUUGUCCAUUAAGCCGAGAGAGAAAGCUGAGGACAUGGAGCUCAAUUUUCAGCAGAACAUGAGCGAUGCCAUGGCCGUGCUGCCCAAGUUGUCCACGGGUCUGGACGUAAACGUGCGCUUCACCGGCGUGGCGGAUUUCGAGUACACACCCGAGUGCAUCGUGUUUGAUUUGCUCAACGUUCCUCUGUAUCACGGCUGGCUGUUGGACCCACAGAGCCCAGAGACGGUGUCUGCGGUGGGGAAACUGAGCUACAACCAGCUGGUGGAGAAGAUCAUCAUCUACAAACACUCCACCGACAGCAGCCAAGUGAGCGAAGGUCUGAUAGCGGAGCAGUUUUUGGAGUCGACGGCCACCCAGCUGACGUAUCACGGACUGUGUGAGCUCAACACCACCGCCAAGGAGGGAGAGCUGUGUGUGUUCUUCAGGAACAACCACUUCAGCACCAUGAUCAAGCACAAGGGUUACCUGUACCUGCUGGUGACAGAUCAGGGCUUCCUCCAGGAGGACACCUUGGUGUGGGAGAGUCUCCAUAACGUGGAAGGAGACGGGAAUUUCUGUGACUCAGAAUUCCGACUGUGCCAUCCGGCCCAGAAGAGCACGAGCAGGUCCACGGCACAGCAGCAGCAGAUGCAGAUCGAUCAGGACUACCUGGUGGCCAUGUCCCUGCAGCAGAGUCAGGGUGAAGCUCCUGGACCUUUAAGCGAUCUGGAGUUAGCGACACGGUUACAGCAGGAAGAAUAUCAGCAGCCUCCACAAGCCUCUGGGGAACAGAUGAGAGGAGGACCGGCGUCUCAUCACGGAGGACGGAGACGGCAGGGUGAGAAGAAGGACAGCUCGGAUUGUUCCAUUCUAUAAGUCAGGAAAACACACACACGCACACACACUAAAGUUUAUAUGCAACUGCACCAGAAGACGCCGACGCCACGAAUAAGUCUGAUAUCUCCCUCAUUUUAUCUCCGGCGAAUAUUUCGAAGAUUUAAUUCCCACAAGUGUAGAGGAUCAGCCAAAGUGUGUGUGUAUGUGCGUGUGUGUGUAUGUGUGUUUACCUCUUAAGCUUUGCUGAGUAGCUACCAUGCUAAUGUAGCUAACGUGUUGCGCCAUUAAAGGUCCAGUAGCCAAACAACAUGUUUAUGAGCUCUUAACUGUUUCAUUAAACAAACACAGUGACAAAAAUCAAAUUAUUUUAUAACAUUAAAGAUAAAGGCCGUAACUCCGGUGUCAUGUUACAUGUGAUUCUGAUUCAUAUUCAGAUCCGUUACAUGCAGCCAUGAUUCAGAUCUGUUACUGAUUCCAGUUCAGUUAAGAUUCCGAUUCGGUCCGAUUCACACACUGUGAUUUAAUGUUCCACAAUCUGAACAUAUUAAAUUCCCCCCAGUUUGAUGCAGUAAUUAUGAGUUGAUGCUAUCGAAGGGCUUUCUGUGGCACCUGAUUGUGACCCCGAGUCUUAAUCAUUUAUCUGUGUUGUAUUUAACAUGUUAAGAAUAUAUUAUUACGGUAAAUUUAACCUUAACACUGUCGGGUCAGCAGCAUCUGUCACUGUGUACAGAAAAAUACUUUAUUAUUAAAGAUUUUAAUGAAAAAAA